AUGGUCUCGUUGCUGAAUGACAAGACCAAGAAGCGUUUGCCGAAAGGACCGUGGGGAUUACCGCUUGUCGGCUACCUGCCUUUUCUGGGCAAAUUUCCCCACUUUACGCUGUGGAAGUUGAGUGAAAAAUAUGGCAAUAUUUACACACUUCCAGUUGGCAUGCAAAAUAUUGUGAUACUAAAUGACUGGAACUCGAUUAAAGAUUCGCUCAAAAAAGAUUCAUUUUUAGGUCUAGUCGAUGAGAACUCGCUCAGCUGGCGCGAAGAACGUCGUGUCUACGAAAAUCUUUUCAAAACAAGCUUUGACAGCUCGAUCAUCUACAAGAAUAUGCUCAUUGAGAUGCGCUGUCUGCUCAUCUACCUGCGGAAGACGAACCAAAAUCCACUACAAUUACGAGUCAACUUUUCAAAGAGCGAAUGUAAGACACACUACAAGACACUGCGAAAUGAAUCGUCAGUACGCGACCUGAUUGAUGGAUAUCUGGUCGAGUUGAAGGGCAAGAAAGCCCACUCAGUGCCAACGACAAUGUCAAUCGAGAAACUACGCGCCAACUGUCAGGUGUUCCUCAGCUUCGGCACUGAAGCCUUCCUCUCCUGUCUGGAGUGGUCGCUGAUCUCCAUCGCCUACUACCCUGGCCACCAGAAGAUGAUCAGCGAGGAGGUGGAGCGGGUGAUGGGCGGCCAGCGAAUUCCCGAGUUCAAGGACGCACUUCGCAUGCCCUUUACGGUGGCAUUUCUCAAUGAGGUUCUCAGGUGGAAGACGGUGCUGCCGUUUAAUUUUAUACGAAGAGCGAUUGAAGACGCCUCCAUACUGGGCUGCUUCAUUCCCAAGGACACCCUGGUCCUCUGCAAUAUCUGGGCGGUCCACCACGACCCGACCAUCUGGCCGGAUCCCUUUCGCUUUGAUCCGACGCGCUUCCUGUCGGACGACCAAAAGUCGCUAAUAGAAUACCCGGAAGGCUUCAUGCCCUUCAGCCUGGGAAAGCGCUCUUGUGUGGCCGAGCCCUUUGUCCGCAAGCUGCUCUUCCUCUACAUCGUCUCAAUAGUGCAAAAGUUUUCCCUUUCUACGCUGAACGGCGAAGAAAUCUUUGACGAGGAGUACAACACCACCGUUAGACCGAAAAGUCAGGUCAAUCUGGUGUUCAAGUUGAAGCACCCACCACCACCACCACCUCCAGAUGAGUGCCUGAGUGGCAGCACACAUCCCACCUAG